UUUUUGAGAGCCGCUUUUCCUUGUAAUGCAAUUUAAAAUGUGUUCUCCAAUGUGGUUAUGAUUCAAUUUUUUUCUUAAAACCCUUACUUUCAGUGCUGCUAGGAGCUGGAUCACCAUGGCCUCCACUGCACCGCCGUCGCGCCCCGCCUUCCCCGGCGGCGUAGGAAACACUAAGAAGCCUCUCGGCCUUUUCGCCAACGCAAUGAAGAGAAAGCACAGCUUCAUUCAAUUCUUCGCGAUGACCGGAAUUCUUCUCUUGAGCGUGCGCUCUCUGGGCCAAAAGUACAGAAUCAACGAUCUCCAAGAGGACAUGGAGGCGCUGAAAGAAGAGCAAGAAGGACUUACUAAACGCAUGAAUCACAUCAGGCAAAGCCUUCUAGCUGAAGCUGCCGUCGAGCCCACCGGCCGCUUCGCCUCCCGCCUCCGCCUCCUCUUCGCUGAAGAAAAGAAAUUCGGGCAAGUAUUCACUUUGAUGAAAGGCAUGGCGUGCUGUUGAUGAGGGGAGCCUCAAUACAAGAGAUCGGGAGAUCAAAGCUUGACAACUCUUCAAGGAAGAGCUCUAUGGAAUUGACUGCAAAAUAUUCAAGAAGCUCUCCGUUUGAAUUCAAUGUUAUUUCGAAUUGGGUUAACAAAAUGCUGAGUACUUUUAUUGGUUUGAAGUCUUUGCGUUUCUCAGUCGUUUGAAGUUCACAAAAAGUAUUGUAGAGUUAGAUUGACUAGUUGGCGUUUGUGGAACUUAGCCAUUAAGUUCAAUUCCACAAGAACUUGACUAGGUGUGUUAAUAGGUACAAUCACACGAAUUUUCAAUUAUUGUGUUUUUUUGAGGAA